GCGGCUUCGGCUCUUCAGUCAGUGAGUUGUGUGCUUCAUAGGCGGUGGUGUGAAGCUCCUGAACGCUCAUUCUUUACUGGUAACCGGUGUUAGUGAAGUUACUAGUUUUAACCAUGACUACCGACACUGAAACAAAGCCUGUUGAACAGCAGGCAGAGGAGAAGAAUGUUGAAGAAGUCAAAGAAGAUGUAAAGAAAGAAGAAGAGGCUGCGAAAAACGCAGAGGAGAAGAGCGACGAUAAAGCGGAAAAGGAGGACAAAGAGAAGGAUUCUUCCGACAAAGCUGCUAAACCCAAGAAAGAACCCGCUCCACCUAAACCUACCGUACACAAGGCUGAUUACCAGCCCGAUGUGGUGUAUCUGUACCAGUUCAUGCGUACUCCAGUACUGCCAUCCUUGUCCCCAUACUGUCUCAAGGUGGAGACUUGGCUCAGGCUGGCGGGACUCAAGUAUGAGAAUGUUGACCACAAGAUGAAGUACAAGAGCAAAAAAGGACAGCUUCCAUUCGUAGAAGUCAAUGGAGAAGAGAUCGCUGAUUCGGCCAUCAUCAUCAAGCAGUUGGGGGAGAAGUUCAACACAGAUUUGGACGCCGGCCUCAGCCCGGAACAGAAACUCAUUGCUCACUCCAACAUAUCCAUGAUCGAGAACCACUUCGCUUGGGUCGUGAAAUGGUGGCGCUGUCGCUGCCCUGGCGAUUGGGUUCGCGCUGCUAAACUCAACCUGCAAGAAGCGCUCAACACUCGCAUUCCCAACGCUGUGCUCAAUUUUGCCUUCAAGCUCCGGUUUAAGCAGGCUGCCAAGAAAGUUCGCGCUCACGGCAUCGGCGUCCACAAGCCUGAGGAGAUCGAAGAGUUCGGCCAGAAUGACCUCAAGGUUCUCAGCGACCUGCUCGGCGACAAGCAGUUCUUCUUCGGCGAGACUCCAUCCACUCUUGACGUGGUUGCGUUCGCGAACCUGGCGCAGUUGGUGUACAUGGACCCCGAGGUGAGCUACAGCCUGCGCGACUGGCUGCUGGAGAACUGCGCCAACCUCAAGGGCUUCUGUGACCGCCUCAAGGAUCGCGCCUUCCCCGACUGGGAGGAGAUGUGCUCGACAUUGGACUUGAACUCCCAUCUCCCCAAGCCUCCUCCUGAGGAGGAAAAGAAGAAGGAAGAAAAGGAAGAAGCCAAGGAGAAGAAGGAGGACGUCAAGGAAGAGAAAAAGAAGGAAGAGGAGAAGGAGACUGAUGAGAAAGAGAAGGCUCAAAAAGAAGAGGACGCUGCAGAUAAAGAUGACAACAAGAAAACCGAAGAGAAGGAAAAGUAAACUGUUUCUGUGGCUGAAAAGUUGCCCAUGAUUUUUUUGUAACAAAAGUGCAGAUGAGGAUUGCGACUACAAUGAUAAUAUGGAUUAUGAAGAGUAAACCAAAUCAAUUUGUAUUAUACGAUAACGAAGUAGGUGUUAAAAUUGAAAGGAGCUUUACUUUAUUUGGAGUUUUAGCUUGUUUCAUACAGCGAAUCUUCACCCCUUUUGUAUAGUAAUUGUUAAGUCCCAACUAGAAAGCGCUCACUUGGCAGCCUUUGCUUCUUUUGGCCUUUAGACAGAACAAUUUUGAUUCUUUGGGGGCAUUUGAAGCUCUCGAGUCGAGCAUUCCUUGGCAUUUUUGCCCACUCAAGUUUGGAUAACGAAACCUGACCUGUCUUUUUGUUAGUUUUGCGCUUGCCUUAAGCAUCCAAAUAUUAUCUCCUCUUUCCCUUGAUCUCUUCGUUUUAUCUAAAUGGUAAUUAAACGCAAUGAAAUGCUAUAUCUACUUGCCAUUGGUUUACGCUUCCUAUUACUGGAUUUGUUUACUACGUAAAAUUGUUCACUACAUUUGAGUGUGGAACUAUGCUACUGAACUCCUCCAGAGUUCCGUAUUAAGGCCUGAAAUUUUAGGAUUCGUAAAUCAGCUCUUCAUUUGAUAACUUUGUGUCCAACUUGCUAUCUCGAACAAAUGAGGUUUAUCCCAGCAAGCGCUCAGAUUGUUUUUCCGUGUCGUUCAGUUCGGCGCCGCGGAUUUCCCAAAUGAACUAGUUUUAAGUGCAUCGUAUUCUAGCUCUCUGAUAUUUCUAAAGAAUAAAGUUAUUUUUUUCAAUGCGGUCUUAGCUUCUGACUGUUCUCGUAUACGUUACAAUAUACUCAUCACGUCUGUCCGUAAACGCUCGUUUUUAUCUGAACUUGAGUACGAGGGCUGCGAAGCUGUUAUUGUAUCUGAACUCGUUUGGUUUUAAUGUGGAAGACUGGUUUUUUGCCUAUUAAAUAAUGACACUUGGGGGCGAGCUUGCCUUCAUUUUCAAUGGCGGAUUUUUUAUGGUUCUGACUAAAUUGGAUUUUGAUGAAGAUUGCACGUAGAUGAAUUCCUGUAAAAUUUUUCUUUUCUUGUCUAUAAAUAAAAAUACUCUUCUAUUUGCGUAUGAAAGACCAGCCAUUUUGAGCUUAUUUUUGCGUAAAAAAAUAAAACCAUAAUUUUAACUAGGAAAUUGGCCGACGCCGCUUGCAAAUGUGAGCAAACCUUUUGUGUGUAUGGCCGUGAAGAAAUGAGAAUGCGCCAGUAUUGUGAGCGCUGCAUAUGAUUAUAGAUAAUUGAUUAUUGCUCACUUCAGUAGUGCUGUAAUAGUUGAAUGAGGUUGACGGUUUUUGGAUAAUUUCGUCAAGAAACUGGUGUUCCCAACGUGACAUAUUGCCCUUGCGUGUUAAUUCUUUUAAAUGCUUGCUAAAUGUCCAACUCUAGGCUUGUCUGUUAGUGUACCAUAGGUCAUCGUCGAUAUAAAUACCCUUCCACGAGGGUCAACUUAAUCAAUUGGCCGUGUAAUUCCAGUGUACUUCAGUUUCGCCAACGAGGCUCAGUCAGCGUUAAUGCUCUUGAGAUUGAAUCGCUUAAUUCGUUCCCACAUAGGAACCGCGCAAACGAAUAUUGUUUAUCUGCACUUCAAAAUACGCCUUCUUCAUGGUUAUUAAGUUGAAGGUAUCCCUGCGUUGAGUAACUUGAGCUAUAGUUAUCUAAGAUUUCAAACGGCUGUUUUGGAGACGUGCUCUUUGCAAGAAACUAUAGCAAAACAACUGAAGCGGGGAGUGAUAUAGAACGGGGAACACCUUUCCAUGCGCAGCAAAAUAUCUUAACUGAAUAUUUUAAUUAAAGCUGAUGAAUUGUGAUGAGUCUCCAUUAUAUGAAUGUUUUACUACUUACUAUUGAUGACCCGACUCGUCGAGUUUCGUUGAGGAUCAAUGUUUAGGCUGUACUCCGCGUAAAUAAUACUACUUAAUCGUCCCCUAUCUCGGUCAUUGUUGUCGAAGGAUCAAGGUCUCCUCCAGUAAAGAUGGAGGAAGCAAACUUGGAGUUUUACGAUUCGGCAUCAAUCGGUCUGAGAUUAGAUCUCUCUCUUUCUAUCUGUAACUUGCUACUACGUUAUAAAAUUUUUUAGAUUUAAGUUUUUCACUUUUUCGGUCUAUAGCAUCCGACGCCACGUCUUGUGACAGGACUUGUGGUUGUUGACGGCUUCACUAAGCAAGAAUAAUUUUUUCGAAGCGGAAUCCCGAGUUGCACUUUCAAAAUAAAAUCCGCAUGAAAGGAUUGUAAUUUGUUGUAAUAUGAUUGUCUCAUUACUUCAAAACCCUUCGAGACUAGAAUUUCCUAUGAUGUUGCGUGCCUUUUAACAAUUUUGAGGUUAUUUUAUACGUUUCCUUUUGUCAAAAAUGAAGGCAUUUCAUGUCAACAACCACUGGUGUUCCACUAACAAGACGUGGUACGAAAUUAAAAACGCACAAGGAUUUUUUCACACUCCGACACGGCUCUCUCAAGUUGAUCAUGACACUAGGUUAAGCGCUUUCUCGCUGUACAUUAUUUUUGUAAUGAGUGUUAGAUCAGGCCGUUCACUACAAAAUCAGAAAUUUAAAAUGGUCUUUAUAUUUAUUGCAGUUCAUUUUACUUAGUUGAGCCUCUCUCUUAUGUCGGUGUAGUAACAAUAAAUCUUUUUAACACUU